AGAUUUCUACUUCCGGCUGUCGAUACCUUAACUUGCUUAAGUUGCUAGAGGGGCUUAAUAAAGUUUAGCAAGAAUGACAUCGAUAAAGCCAGGAACUCGAGUGGUAAGAGGUCCAGAUUGGGCAUCCAAAAAACAGGAUAAUGGAGAGGGGUUCCUGGGUACAAUAAUAUUUGUUCCCAAAGUGGGGUCUAGUGACAAUCAAGUGACAGUGAUUUGGGACUCCGGGCGAGAGUUGCGAUACAGAGCUGGGCAUGAUGGGAAGUACGACCUGCGUGCUUAUGAUACUGCUCCAGCUGGAAUUGUACAUGACAAGGUUACAUGUCAGGGUUGUAAGGACACACCGCUGAAAGGUAUACGAUGGAAAUGUACCAACUGUGAUGAAGUAAACCUAUGUAACCUGUGUUAUAUGGGUGACAGGCAUGAUACAGGCCAUGGGUUUGUUCGACUUGAAACAGAAUCAUCUAGAGGAUCUAAUGUGCCCCCGAGGAAUCAAAGUAAAUCCAUAGAAGUCAAGGGUCUGUUUCCUAAGGCAGAGGUAAUCAGGGGACCCCACUGGAAAUGGAAAAAUGAUGAUGGUGGUGAAGGUGAAGUGGGCAGGAUACAGGAAGUGGUUACCUGGGACAAAAAGUUUCACCGCGGUGGGGUCAAGGUUAUGUGGAAGAAUGACUCCACAGGUAAAGUGUACAGAGUGGGGGGAGAGGGCUGUGUUGAUGUCAUCUACACACGGAUGAAAGAAACUGCAUCAGGUGGGAAGUACUACCCAGAACAUCUUCCUGUUGUUGAUGUUGUGAACCCCGGUGUAAUUCUUUUUAAACCUGGAGAUAAAGUUCGAGUGAAUCUGGCUUUGAAAGAUUUCAGGAAGUUACAGGAUAAUGAUGUGUAUGGAGGCUGGGAGGACAAUAUGGAACAGUGUAUUGGACAGCUUGGAACUAUUGUACAAAUUUUGUUUCAAGGGAAGACUUGUCGAGUACAAUAUGAAGACAGUAGCAUUUGGAGUAUCAACAGAGCUGCAUUAACCAGAAUCCAUACAUUUACUCAGGGAGAGGCUGUAAAAGUAUUGUCUGCCUACAAUGUGGUGAAGGAUUUACAGGAGGGCCAUGGAGGCUGGAACGAUGACAUGAGGCCGGCUCUUGGUAAAAAUGGUCGCAUUGUAAAGAUCGACCAGGAUGGGGAUAUCCGAGUGAAGAUAGAAGAAAGGACCUGGAUAUUUAGUCCAGUCUGUAUCAUGCCAGUAGAGAAUGCAGCCGUAGCUAAAGAAAUCCCAGCCAUUCCAGCUGCUGAAUGUGUAGACUCUGAUACAGAAUCCAUUGAUGCUCCUUCAAAUGAUGUAGCAGAAGCCAUUGCUCAGUUGUUUGUAGACAUGCUAAGGGGAAUGCCUGGACAUGCUGCAGGGACAAUCAGUAUUGUACAGGCCGCAGGACAGGGGGACCUUCAAGCUGUCAAGGAAAUUGUUAAAAAUUUCCCAGAUAAGGUGGAUCAAAAACUUGAGGGUAAAACAGCACUACAGAUUGCAUGUUAUGAAGGUUAUGUGGAUGUUGUCAAAUUCUUGUUAGAAAACAAAGCAAGCCCGAACCUGAAAGAUUCCGAAGAUGACAGUCCACUACACUACAGUGCUUUUGGAAAAGAGCAUAAAACCAUGGAAGAACUCCUGAGAUUUGGUGCAGAUGCCAACAUCAUUAACAAAAGCAAGCAGUCACCUCUUCACAUCUCAGUAGGGAAAGCAAGUCCAGAAUGUGUUAAAGUUUUACUUAAACACCGAGCCAAUCCAUCCCUAAAGGAUAAUGAUGGUGAUACUCCAAUGCAUGAUGCAAUAAGUCAAAGAGAGGGAAACUCUGAGAUAAUACAAGCAGUUCUAGGGAGUUCUCUUGCCAAGUAUAAAGAAACAAAUGCCAAGGGAUUCAAUGUAUUACAGUGGGCAGCGAUGAAGGACUCCAGACUAGCUGUUAGUGUUAUCAUGGACAAAGAUCGAUCUAUUGUUGAUGAGAAGAUGGCAGAGGGUUUUACAGCUCUUCAUAUUGCUGCUGCUAAUGACUAUGUAGAGAUUGCUAGUGUUCUUAUCCACAGGGGGCAGUGUAAUGUGAACGUAACAGACAAACAUCUGAAUAUAAAACUUUUUAUGUUUUGUUUUGUAGCUUGUGAUGUCAAUGCCCAGGACAACAAUGGAAACACAGCCUUACAUGUUGCUCAGAUGAAGAAGUCUCUACCAGGGCUGAUACAACUGAAACCAGAAGACAAAAAUGUUGGUACACAGAUUAUUUGUGCUUUGUUAGAAGCAAAGGCCGACAUUAAUAUUGAAAAUCAGGAGAAAAAGUCCCCCCUGGAUUUGGCUGAGGAUGAUAUGGUCAAGCAUUUCAUGGUCAUGUUGUCUAAAAAGGCUACAACUUCAAACCUAGCUGUGACAAAGAAAGGUGUGGGAAUUCCUUCAGACUGGGAGGCCAUGGGUCGGGAACCAUUCAGAAGAGUUCCCCUUUCUCCUGAUGGUGGUGGUAUGCUGCAGAAGGAAUACCAAAUGGUGGCUGAUAAAUUUAAAAAGACACUAGGACAAGCCAAAAUUUUAACAAUAGAAAGAAUCCAAAAUCUCUAUUGCUGGGAAUGUUAUUAUUUAAAACGCAAUCGGAUGGAAAUACAGUACGGGGGCAGUGGAUGUUCCAAUGAGAGAGAACUUUUUCAUGGUACUCUACCCCACCUUGUAGAUGUCAUCUGUAAAGAUAACCUGGACUUCCGUCUUGCUGGGGAGAGAGUUGGGGCCUUAUUUGGGAAAGGUACAUACUUUGCAUCGGAUGCCAAGUAUUCAGAUUUGUAUGCCCAAGUGGACAAAGAGAAGAACAAAUAUAUGUUCCUUGUCAAAGUAUUGUGUGGCAAGUUGGCUCUUGGAGACCCAAAAUAUGCCAGACCCCCACCUGUGGAUCCUAAAAAUCCUAAUUCAGAGCUGUAUGACUGCUGUGUGGAUAAUCUGGAUAAUCCAAGAGUAUUUUGUGUGUUUGAUAAGAAUCAGUACUAUCCACAGUAUAUGAUUAAAUACAAGUAAUCUGAAAAGUUUCACUCUGACUUGCUUGUAGACAAAAUCUGCUUUAAUAUC